AUGGCGCACUUCCCGCUCUUCGUGCAGAACGAGCUGCGCGAAGCGGCCGACGGUGCGACAAUCGACAUCGAGGACCCGGCCACCGGCGCAGCAGUAGCGACGUGCGCGACGGCCGGCCCAGCGGACGUCGCCGCGGCGGUGGACGCCGCCAAAGCCGCGUGGCCGGCCUGGCGCGACGUAGGGGCCAAGAAGCGGGCAACGAUCCUACGCAACGCAGCGCAAGAGCUGCGAAGGCGCGUGCCCGAGCUGUGUGACAUAGAGACGCGCCAGACGGGCCGGCCCCGGCGGGAGUACCAAGCACAAUUGGGAAGGGUCCCGGAGUGGUUUGAGUACCACGCGUCGCUCGCCGAGACGACGGAGGGCGCGGCGCCGAAUUUUAUUGGAGACCCGGACCAUCUGUGUGUGGUCCAGAAAGUACCGCUCGGCGUUUGCGGACUCAUCACUCCGUUCAACCACCCCUUGCUCAUCGCGUCGAAGAAGCUCGCGCCCUGCCUGGCCACGGGCAACACGGCCGUCGUCAAGCCGUCGGACCUCGCGCCGGGGUCUAUCAUCAGACUGGGCGAGAUCUUCGCGGUGAGUGGCGCGCCGCCCGGGGUGGUGAACGUGCUCCCGGCGGCGCCGACGCGGCGACGGCGCUCGCGGCGCACGAAGCCGUGGCCAGCGUCGAUUUGACCGGGCGGUGCGGCGGCGGGCAGGCGCUCGGCGCGAUCGCUGGCGCUCGCGCCGCGUCGUACGGCGCCGAGCUCGCGGGCCACGCGCCUCUACUAAUUUUUGACGACGUCGACCUGGACCAAGCGGUCGCUGGUGCUUGUUUCGCGGCUUUCUUAGCUGCGGGGCAGACGUGCGUCUCGGCGAAGCGCAUCUUCGUCGCGCGAAGCAUCUACGACGAGUUCGCGUCCCGACUCGCGAAAAGAGCGGAUGCGCUACGCGUCGGAGAUCCCUUCGCGCCGGAGACGGAAGUUGGGCCUCUGGUCUCGGCGAAGGCACUCGCGGCGGCGCGGCGUUUUGUGGAUGAGAGCGGCGCCGAAAUCUUAGCUGGCGGCUCGGAGCCGUGCGCAGAGCGCGGUUACUUCUUCCGGCCGACGGUGCUCGCCGGCAGCGUGGACCUGCCGUGCUUCCGGGAGGAGUGCUUCGCGCCGGUCGUAUGUAUAGCGCCCUUCGACGACGAGGCCGACGCGAUCGCAAAAGCGAACGCGAGCGCGUACGCGCUCGGCGCUGCCGUGUGGACGCGCGAUGUAGGGCGAGCGCACCGCGUCGCCUCAAAAUUGCACGCCGGCGUGACCUGGGUCAACUGCCACCACCGGAACGGUCCCGACGCGCCGUGGGGCGGUUUUCUGAAAUCUGGUGUAGGGCGAGAGAACGGGCGCGAUUCUCAAAACGCGUACACGGCCUCGAAGACGCUCGUCGUGCGCACGGCUAGUGAAGGAGAGGACUGGUUCGGUGGAGGCGCGCGCUACGGUUAAUGUUUAUGUCUUAAAGCUCCCCGCCGCGCCGCGCCAUGGCCUCGUUGAGUAGUCCGGCGAUCUUUUUGCGCGUCGCGUAGGGGACCGCCGCGUCCUCCGCGACCUUGAACGCGUUUUCGCCCGCAUUGCCAGUUAAUAACGGAUCCGCAUCGAAAUCUAAGAGUGAUUUGGCGAUCUCCAGGUGACCCAACCGGCAGGCGAAGUGCAGCGGGCCCCAGCCACCCGACUGUUCCUGCGUGAUCUGCGCGUUCGGGUCCGCGCCUCGUCGCAGUAGGGCUUUGACGACGUUGCGGUCGUUGGAGCCGACGGCGAAGUGGAGGGCCGUGUAUCCGGAUGGCGUCGCGGCGUCGACGUCGACGCGAGGAUCCACCGCAUUUAAUAGAGAAGCGGCCAGCACGGGCUGCCGCAGCUGCACCGCAAUCGACAAUGCCGGCACGCCGUGGUCGUCGCGCGCGUUCACGCCCACGUGAUCUUCGUUCACGAGCUUCGCGGCGACGUCAAACUCGCGCGCCUUCAGCGCGUCGAUCAGCCGAACGUCGUCGGCGCUCGUCACGUGCACGACCUCCGCCAGCACCUUCGCUCCUUUCUCGCUCGCACGAUGCCGGAACUCCUCGGGAAACUCGUCAACCUCAACCGUCUCGCCCGCGCAGGCGCCGGUCAGGGGAUUGAGGAUGCGCCCGUCGACGACGGCGUGGACCCACCGCGUCGUCAGGUGCUCCGUCUUGUCACCGACCGCCACUGACGCGUUGUAGAGCACGUGGGCGCCGGCGCCGGCCGGGUGCUCGCAGCGCUUUGCCUCCUUCUCGUCCUUGCCGGGCCCGCAGUGGGAGCCCGCGCAGUGCUCGCCGCCGACCCAUUGCCCCAUGUUCUGCGCGACUGCCAGGGUGGCGCACAGUAUGACGCGGUGCGGGAGGCCCAUGGUUGUGCUUUUUUUCACCAAUGCGAUGCAACAACAGCCCUACACGCGUCGCUUGGGCAGCCUCGUCGAGCGGAAGU